AUGGCGUGGGCCAAACCCGCUGGCGCCUGGGCCCAGGCCGUGGAGGAGGAGGAGGCCGAGCAGGGACCCAUCCUCGUGCCCGUGGUGGCCAAGGAGAAGGAGUUCCCCUCGCUCGGGGAUGCCCCCGACCGCGCCGGCUUCCCUUCCCUGGGAGCUGCAGCGGCCGUCAAGGACUCCAAGAAGGAGCGGCGCAAAAAGCAGACCAUGUCCCUGGCCGACUUUGUCAGCACAGUGGAUGCCCCAAAGCCGGGCACCUUCGUUCCGAGUGCCCGGGUGGGUGGCUCCGCUCUGCGUCGGCCACUGAAUGACGAUGACAUCCUGCGCAACCUGCCUACCACCUCCCGGGGAAAGGUGGAGGGCGACGAGAAGCCAGGCGACAGGCUCGGGGGAUCCUUCCGGGACUACGGCGGCGACCGGGCAGGAGGUCGGUACGGCGACGACGACCGCCGUCGGGGGGACGGCGAUGACAUGGGCGGGUCCCGGGCGGACGCCGCAGAUAGCUGGGGCAUGGAGCGCAAGUUUGUCCCCGGUGGGGCCUCCAGCGAUCGCGGCCGAGGCUUUGGCAGCGGCUCCGGCGGCGGCUUUGGCGACCGGCGGGACCGCUCCCCGCGCAGCGAACGCGACGAGUCGGGCCCCUCCCGCGCCGACACAGUGGACGACUGGGGCGCGGCCCGCCAGUUUGUGCCCUCCUCCGGCGGCGGGCGCCCGGGGUCGGGCUCUGGCGACCGCUUCGGCGAGCGGCGGGAGUAUGAGGAGGCGGCCUCGCGCGGCGCCUCCCGCGCCAGCGUCUUCGGCGCGGCCCGACCACGGGAGGAGGUCCUGGCCCAGGUGCCGCGCGGGCCCGACGCGGAGGCCCGCCUCGCGGAACUCGCCGAGAAGGUGGCCGCCCUCCAGCGCCGCGUGGAGGCGGGGGAGGGCGACAAGGUGCUGGUCGAUGAGGCCUCUGCGGCUGCAAAGCCAGCGGAUGCCCGGGAGGAGGGGGCUGGUGCUGCAGGCGAGGGCGACUCGCAGGCUUCGGGUGCCGACGGCGGCGGGGCUGCCGAUGCAGCAAAGAGUGGCGAGGCAGUCGUCGACGGCGAGGCCAGCAAGGAAAAGGAUGCGAUUGCGGAUGCCGCAGCACCAGCCAAGGGUACCACGGUGGCCGAGGCGCUGCGGGCGGCGUCGGCUGAGCUGCAGGCGCUGCGACUGCGAGCGCGGGCCGCCGACCCCCGCAGCCGCAGCGGCAGCAGGGCCGCGUCGGCGCGGUCGGGCGACGCCAGCCCCCUCCGCGCCCCCGAGGCGGCGAGGGGCGGGUCGGCGGACGCCAAGGCGACCUGGCGUCACGGGGAGGAGGCCUCCGCCUCCGGCGCCGCCCGCGGCCGAACCCAGGGGCGGGACGGCGAGGCGAUCGCCCGGGCCUCGGCGGGGGCGCAGGAGCACGCGCCCCGAGCCGCCGGCGGCUGGUGA